AUGCUUUUGCUGUGUCCGCGCGCCGCCACUACUGCAGAGACCACUUGCUCGAUUAAUGCCACUCGUGAGCUUCCUCGUGAUGCCGACGGUAUUAAUGCCACUCGUGAGCUUACUCGUGAUGCUGACGAUGAUGCUUCCCGCGACUCUUCUCGUAAUACUGUCUUGGAUGCCAAAGCUGCUGUCGCUUGUGAUACUGAUCGACGUGCCAAACGUGAUGCCAACGGUGACGCCGCCGGUCGUAGUACGGCAAGUGAUACCGAACGGGGUAAUGCCGAAGGUAAUUCCGCUCGUGAUAGUGGCUGUGAUGUAGAAGGUGACGUUGAAGGUUGUAUUACUUGUGCCGCCAAAUUUGUUGUGGAAGGUAACUCCGCUUAUGAUUAUACUUGUGGUGCUGGAUGUGACGCCGAAGACGAUGCUGAAGUUGACGUCCAAGGUACUGCCGCUUGUGAUAUUAUUCUUCAUACUGCUCGUGGUACUUCUCGUGAUGCCGGAUGUGGCGCUGCUCGUAUUAACCUUUAG